GGCUUCAGCUCUCUCUCUGUUUCUCUCCUUGGUUUUCAUAUUCGUAAUCCGUUUCUUAUCAAUCCAAUCCAAAAAUCCAGAAAUUUCUCAAAGUUUUGUUUUUUUGAGUCUCCUUCUUCAACGGCAUGUUGGGUUUCUCAUGUUGGAAUCUAAGCUGUCUUCGUUUCCCUGAUCUUAUCUGGUGAUGCGGAAUUCUUGAUUUCUUAUAUAUUACCCAGUAAGCGCCAUUUUGGAACUUAGUUUCGGACAAAGAGCUAUAAUCUGGUUUAAUUUGAGGUUAAGGGUUCUCUGGAUUGCUUCACUUAGGUCAAAAUAGAAGCUUUCCUGGCUUGAUUACACCAGUUUAGUCAGACAAUCUUCGUUUAGGGUUCUGUAUCAAAGUAGAUUUGUGGAGGAGAUAUAGUUAAAGACUUGGGAGGAGGUUUUAGUGUCAAAAGAUAAGAUUUUGUUGUUCGUUUAUAGGACUUAAAGUGAUUGAUGGAGGUUGUGUCUAUGUCUGAGUAUGAUGAUGCUGAGACCUCCAUUACCCAUCUUCCAGAUGAUUGUCUUUCUUUUAUCUUCCAACGACUUGAUAAUGUUGCUGACCAUGAUUCAUUCGGUUUGACUUGUCAUCGCUGGCUCAACAUCCAAAACAUAAGCCGUCGCUCUUUACAGUUUCAGUGUUCUUUCACUGUCCUGAACCCUGCAAGUCUGUCUCAGCCGAGUCCUGAUGUGAAUUCCUAUCAUCUCCACAGGCUUCUCACUCGUUUCCAGUGCUUGGAGCAUCUUUCGCUUUCUGGUUGCACGUUACUUAAUGAUUCAAGCCUCGCCUCUCUCAGGUUUCCCGGUGCAAGACUGCAUAGUCUUUACUUAGAUUGUUGCUUUGGUAUUUCUGAUGAUGGGAUCUUUACAAUUGCUAGGUUUUGUCCCAAUCUAAGAGUGGUUAGUCUCUACCGCUGCAAUAUCAGUGACAUUGGGUUAGAAACUUUAGCUAGGGCUUCCUUGCCUUUAAUGUGUGUGAAUCUCUCGUAUUGCCCUCUGGUGUCUGAUUUGGGGAUAAAGGUAUUGUCACAAGCAUGCUUGCAGCUUAAGUCAGUGAAGAUCUCAAACUGCAAGAGCAUAACCGGUGUUGGCUUCAACGGCUGUUCUCCAACUCUAGGCUAUGUGGAUGCUGAGUCUUGUCAGCUUGAGCCCAAGGGUAUAAAUGGGAUCAUUAGCGGAGGUGGGAUUGAGUUUCUUAACCUUUCACGUGUAAGUUCCUACAUCCACAAAGAUGGGUUGGUACCUAUUGGCUCUGGGAUUGCAUCAAAACUUAGAAUCUUGAACCUAAGGAUGUGCAGAACGGUUGGUGAUGAAUCCAUCGAAGCUAUAGCAAAAGGUUGUCCAGUGCUCCAAGAGUGGAACUUGGCUCUGUGUCAUGAAGUUAAGGUUUUGGGAUGGGAAGCCGUAGGAAAGUGGUGCCGUAACUUGAAGAAACUCCAUGUGAACCGUUGUAGGAACUUCUGUGACCAAGGGUUGCGUGCUCUACGAGGUGGUUGCACGAACCUCCAGAUUCUCUACAUGAGCGGGAAUGCUAGGCUGACCCCUGUAGCAGUUGUGAUGUUCAGGUUAUAUAGAACCGAUGUAACAUUAAGGACAGAGGAAAUGAUGGCCAUAGGAGCAGACUGGAGACUAUAUGCACAAGAAUGAAGCAUCCAUUACCCAACAGUAUAUAUGCGUUGGUUUUACCCAGAGGAAAACUGCAAGAACGGAUCCGAAUGCUGCUGAAGCAAGCUAGUAAACAACUCUGAAAUAUACAUUACAAAUACUAUACAUCCUUUCUUCUUUUGGCCAUCAACAAAUACUAUUCAUUAUUACUUCACUUAGUUGUCAAAUUGAUAUUGUGUCCAUAAAGUUAUAAUGGAUUGUCCUUAGAAUUCUUUACUUCUGUCUCUUGCACAAUCCCCCAGUAUUUGCUUUGUUCUUUGGGGAUGGACCAUUUAAAAAAUUAUCACUCUUUGUA